AAAGGGAGAGGAGAGGAGAGGGGAUUCUACUCUCGAAUUCUCGAUUCUUAGGCCACCCAUUUACAAUAUAAGAAGGAUUUUCCUUUUGUUCUUACCAAUUUCAACCAUUUAUUCUUUUUGUUCUAUUUGUGACUUGGCUCCAUUUCUCCUGAGAGAGAAGAGAGAAAGAGAAAUGGAUAGAUGUAGAGAGAUAUAGGCAAAAAGGAGAGCUGGAUAUUUACAUAUGCCUUGCCGUUGUUGCGAUGCCUUCUCCAUUCUCCAUUCAAUUUUACAUUACCAAACCCCAUUAUUUAAUAUUCUACUAUGUGUUCCAUUAUCUGAGUUUUCAUGGGUUGAAUUAAAGAAAUCAAAAGAUGGGCAGCCUUGGUGAUGAUGAUGAUGAUGAAGAUUCUGGAUUUUUUGAUGCCUAUGAACAUAUUGUUUCAACUCCUGAAUCUCCAAGUUCUUGCCUUUCCGAACAUGAUGUGUGGAUUCAAGCCCCACAAAGUGUUGAAGAGCGGCGAUCUAAAUUCUUGAAUUGGAUGGGGUUGAACUCCAAUACAGAUGGGGUUGAGAUAGUUUUGGAAAUUUCAAAAGAUGAAUCCUCUGUAAGUUCUUCAGAUUUAUGUCAAGAAUCUGUUUCAAAUAUUUCUAGGAAGAUCAAUUCAAGCAUUGUUGUAUUAGAACAAAAAAGUAAACGAAAUGUACUACACGUUCGAGAUUUUCCUCGAUUAACAUCGUUAAAUCAACAACCGAAGCAGAAAGACAAUAAUGUCAAUAUAAGAGAAGUUGUGAAUAGAGUUAAAGAACGAUGGCUGAGUAAAUUACGCUCUGCUACUUGUUCUUUAGAUAGGAACGGGGUGUCUGAUCGUUUGAAUCCAAACUAUUCUAAGAUUCAGAGGAUUCAAGUACAACAACAUAAAAAGCAAUCUAAAGAACUAUCGGCUCUUUAUAUUGGACAAGAGAUUGAGGCACACGACGGUUCAAUUCUGACAAUGAAAUUUAGUCUAGGCGGAGAAUAUCUCGCAACUGCGGGUGAAGAUGGAGUUGUAUGCAUUUGGCAAGUGGUGGAAGAUGUAAGGUCAAACGAGACAGACAUUCCCAAUAUUGAUUCGUCUUGUAUGUAUUUCACAGUGAAUCGUCUUUCUCAACUUGUUCCAAUCGUGGUUCAAAAAGAGAAAAUGAGAAAAAUGAAGAGCCCGUGUGUGAUCUUCCCUCCAAAGGUAUUCAGGAUUUUGGAGAAACCGUUGCAUCGGUUUCAUGGACAUGUUGACGAUAUUCUAGAUCUGGCUUGGUCCAAGAAUAAUUGUUUACUGUCCUCUUCAGUUGAUAAAACUGUCCGUCUGUGGAAAGUGGGCAGCGAUGAAUGUCUUAAGGUGUUUCCACAUGGAAAUUACGUGACUUGCGUCCAGUUUAAUCCUGUGAGUGAUGAUUACUUCAUUAGUGGUUCGAUAGAUGGAAAAAUCCGUGUUUGGGAAGUUGCAAGUUGUCAUGUUGUUGAUUGGACAGAUACGAGAGAUAUCGUCACUGCUGUGUGUUUUCAGCCAGAUGGGCAAGGUGCUAUUGUGGGCUCUAUUACUGGAAUCUGUCGCUUUUACGACAUUUCAGUUGUCGAAAAUCAGUUUCAACUGAAAAGCAUCAUAUUCUUGGACAGUAAAAAGAAGGCAUCAAACAAAAGGAUAACUGGCUUUCAGCUAUUCCCACGAGACCAGACUAAAGUAAUGGUCACUUGCACAGACUCACAAGUCAGAAUCCUCGACGAAAAUGGCGUGAUUGGAAAAUACAAAGGUGUUCAAAGCCAAAUCUCGGCUUCUUUUGCAUCGGAUGGAAUGCAUAUGCUGUCCACGUGUGAGGACUCUAAUGUAUACCUAUGGAAUUGCAUGAACGAGGACGAGUCGGAAACAGUUGUAUGUUCAUGGGAAAGAUUUUCGAGCAAUGCAUCAGUUGCUUUACCUUGGCUAGGGUUGAAACAAGAACCCGAGAAUAUCAGAAAAGGUUGUAAAAUCUCCUUUCCUUCACCAGCAUCUUUCUCUUUGAGCCCAGAAUUUGUUUUGGAAUCUUUUACAAAGGGUUCUGCAACUUGGCCCGAAGAGAAGCUGGUAUAUUCAAGUCCACGAGCUUCAGCAUCAUCUUUGCAAAAAUCUCAGUACAAUUUUCUCAAAACUUCUUGUCAGAGCACUUCUAAUACUCAUCAUGCUUGGGGUCUAGUUAUUGUAACUGCAGGCUGGGAUGGCUGUAUUCGGUCCUUCUUCAAUUAUGGAUUACCAGUACCACAAUGAAAUUAAGUUUUAAGCUGUGAAAAUCCAAUUCAUAUUUCUAUAACGAUAUAUCUGGCUGAGAUGAGAGCGGCAUUUCUCUAAAAUCUGAAGAGAAACAAAUAAAAGAAAGGAAAUGGCAUAACAGAGGAAAGGAAAUCGAAAAGAAGAGCAGAGGAAACUUCUAUCAUGAUCCACCCACUAAGAAUGACAUGAAUAGAGCCUGUAUAUUCCUGCCCAAGCAGCCAUGGAAGCUGUCGAAACCAUUCUAAGGUGAAAAUUGGAACCAUGAGGACAAGAUGGAAAACUCUAAGAAACGUCAAGCCAAGGGUGAAAGAGAAGAAGCGACAGAACAACACCCUAACGUUGGGGAUGUCAUUGAUAUAAAACGGGGUAUAACUGAUUUAACUUUUAACGUGUAUAAAACUCUUAUUAUGGAAAUUAGUAAGUGACUUUUGUUGAUGUAGUAGGAUUAGAGUGAGUUUGGAGUUAAGCUAUUGUUUCUGUUCAGCA